GCAACGCGCUCAGCGGCUUUUGCGAGCUGGGGGAGGGGAGCAGCGGCGGCGAGGGCUGCGGAGCCUCGCGCGGGCGGCUAGGGGCCUCUGAGCGCGGCGGGUGGCGACGCCCCGAGUGCUGGCGACGAGCCUGUGUCUGUCUGCUCUGGGGACCCACACUCUGAGCCCCAAGUCCCGGGCCCGGCAGAGGACGCCAGACAAGGGGGCAGGUGGAGCGUUCACUGUGGCCCGGGAGCCUGGAGUCGCCUGUCGGGACCAGGGAGGCUCCGAUGGCUACAGGUUUUCCUGCUGCUUUGGUUGAGGCAAAUCUGGAUUGCUUUAGCGUCCCGCUGUCACCCAGGACCUUGUCUUGGCCUCCCCUUGGGACCUCGGAAUCGAGCAGGUGUCCAGAGGGUUGGCUCAGCAUGUCAGUCAGCGUCCAUGAGACCCGCAAGUCGCGGAGCAGCACGGGCUCCAUGAACAUCACGCUGUUCCACAAGGCCUCGCACCCCGACUGCGUGCUGGCGCACCUCAACACGCUGCGCAAGCACCGCAUGUUCACGGACGUCACGCUCUGGGCCGGCGACCGCGCCUUCCCCUGCCACCGCGCCGUGCUGGCCGCCUCCAGCCGCUACUUCGAGGCCAUGUUCAGCCACGGCCUGCGGGAGAGCCGCGACGACACGGUCAACUUCCAGGACAACCUGCACCCCGAGGUGCUGGAGCUGCUGCUGGACUUCGCCUACUCGUCCCGCAUCGUCAUCAAUGAGGAGAACGCAGAGUCGCUGCUCGAGGCGGGUGACAUGCUGCAGUUCCAUGACGUGCGUGAUGCAGCCGCCGAGUUCCUGGAGAAGAACCUGUUCCCGUCCAACUGCCUGGGCAUGAUGCUGCUGUCGGACGCCCACCAGUGCCGCCGGCUCUACGAGUUCUCGUGGCGCAUGUGCCUGGUGCACUUCGAGGCCGUGCGGCAGAGCGAGGACUUCAACAGCCUGUCCAAGGACACCCUGCUGGACCUCAUCUCGAGUGACGAGCUGGAGGCGGAGGACGAGCGUGUGGUCUUUGAGGCCAUCCUGCAGUGGGUCAGGCACGACCUGGAGCGGCGCAAGGCCCACCUGCCCGAGCUGCUGCGCGGCGUGCGGCUGGCCCUGCUGCCAUCCGACUGCCUGAAGGAGGCCGUGUCGGGUGAGGCCCUGCUCAUGGCCGACGAGCGCACCCGGCUCAUCGUGGACGAGGCGCUGCGCUGCAAGGCCCGCAUCCUACAGAACGACGGCGUGGUCACCAGCCCCUGUGCCCGGCCGCGCAGGGCCGGACACACGCUGCUCAUCCUCGGGGGCCAGACCUUCAUGUGUGACAAGAUCUACCAGGUGGACCACAAGGCCAAGGAGAUCAUCCCCAAGGCGGACCUGCCCAGCCCCCGCAAGGAGUUCAGCGCCUCGGCCAUCGGCUGCAAGGUCUAUGUGACCGGGGGCCGGGGCUCCGAGAACGGGGUCUCUAAGGACGUGUGGGUGUACAACACCGUCCACGAGGAGUGGUCCAAGGCGGCGCCCAUGCUCAUCGCCCGCUUCGGCCACGGCUCGGCCGAGCUGGAGAACUGCCUCUACGUGGUCGGAGGGCACACGUCCCUGGCUGGCGUCUUCCCGGCCUCGCCGUCUGUCUCCCUGAAGCAGGUGGAGAAGUACGACCCCGGGGCUAACAAGUGGACGAUGGUGGCCCCGCUGAGGGAUGGCGUCAGCAAUGCCGCAGUCGUGAGCGCCAAGCUGAAGCUCUUUGUCUUCGGGGGGACCAGCAUCCACCGGGACAUGGUGUCCAAAGUCCAGUGCUACGACCCUGCAGAGAACCGGUGGACGAUCAAGGCCGAGUGUCCCCAGCCUUGGCGGUACACCGCUGCCGCCGUCCUGGGCAGCCAGAUAUUCAUCAUGGGAGGCGACACGGAGUACACAGCUGCCUCGGCCUACCGCUUCGACUGCGAGACCAACCAGUGGACGCGGAUCGGGGACAUGACUGCCAAGCGCAUGUCCUGCCACGCCCUGGCCUCGGGCAACAAGCUCUACGUGGUGGGGGGCUACUUCGGGACCCAGCGGUGUAAGACCCUGGACUGCUAUGACCCCACCUCGGACACGUGGAACUGCAUCACCACCGUGCCCUACUCGCUCAUCCCCACGGCCUUCGUCAGCACCUGGAAGCACCUGCCCGCAUGAGGCGCACCUGUAGAGCCCAACAAGACGCUGUGUGUUUCUCCCCACCCCAUGGCUGCAGCCCUCACUGUUGCACGGUGGCCCUGACCCUGUCUGCCACGGCGGGAAGCUCAGCCCGGCCCCAGGCCAGUACUCUGAGCAGCUGGAAGUCGGCCCCACCAGCUCUGGGUGGCUUCGGGGGCUGCUCUGAGUGGCUUUGGGGGCUGCUCUGAGCUUCAGAGAAGAAAAUCCAUCUCCAGCGCCCUGUGUGUCUGGCUGAGGCCUUUCCUGCUUUGCAGUGGUUUGCAGGGGAGAGGACCUUUCAAGGGGGGGUGUGGACGGACGCCAGGACUCCCUCAGCCUCAGGGAGAAGGACAUGUUUGCAGAGCUUUGAGGUCGCCUAUUUCAGCAAGUUCUGGACUGGGAUGGGGGGGCUGGGUGGGUGGGAGGGUGUCCCUGAAGGGGUGGGGUUGGCAGCACUGACAGCAUGGUCUUUGGCUCAGGGCUUCCCUAUUGGUGUUGUAAUGUCUCCCCACAGAUAAUAUCCCAGGCCUUUGGGAAACAGGUGCAUCAGGGCUGAGAGCAGAAUGUGCUGUGGAGAAAGCACAUUAAGGGAGGAAACCCUUCAGUGAUGCCCACCAGUCUCCAUUAGCAAAUGACACCCAGACCCCCAGGGUUAAUAGGCCCCUCCCCAGAGUCAGGCCUUGCCCCCAGUGACCUCACCACCUCCUGGUCAGGCCAGCUAUGCCACAGGAUACUGUGCCUAGGUGCAGAUGCAUGUGGAGACCAGGCCCCAUCACCUCCCCUCAGAGCCCAGCCCAAGAGGCAGCAAUGACCCCAUCUCCUGACAGGAGCACGGUCACCCUAGAAUAUGGCACUAAUCUCCAAGACCAGCAGCAGAUAUGAGCUGGGGACCACAGAGGGACUCCAGGGUGCCCACUAUAGAUCCCACCAAGGCUGGACACAUCUCAACUUGGAGGAUGACCAGGCCCAUGACUCCGGCCCCCCAUCCAGUGUCUGCUGUCCUCUGACAUCUUGCCCUUCCAGCGUAAUGGGAUCUGGCCCCUUUGCCCCCUGAGCUCAAAAACAAUGGUCCCAAGAAAACUGCCAACCAUUUGUUCAUUUUUUCCACCUCCCAAGUCGUUGGGUACCUCAUAGGUACAACCUCAGCAUCUAGGGUUCUGGAGAGGUUGGCUCCUGCCAGCGGCCCUCCUCACUCCUAGUGUUAGAGUUUCUGGGCUGGUCCUUCGCUUGCCCCAGUGCAAGGCCAUCAGCUGCCACUUGGGAAAAAGCCAAAAGCGGAAGGCACAUCUCCAGGUUCCUUAGACCCCACCUGUAUGAGAGGCCACCCUCUUGCUCUUGGUGCUUCAUCUCAGCCACCUAGAAGCCAGGUGGCUUGUCCCAGGAGAUGGCUCUGCCUGAGAUUUGGGGAGGCCCUGGGGCUGGUGGGGAAGCAGCGGCCCCAGGUCCCGAGCCCACACUGCCUGGAGGGGCCCCUGUGGCCUGUUGCAUUGCUGAGCCGAGUUAAGCACAGAUCUCACAGCACAGAGGACCUCGCAGUGGUGCUUUUCCCAAAAGUUGUGUUGCUUUUAUCCGUUUCUAACUUAAUAAAAGAGUUAAGAAAAA